AUGGAAGGGAGGGGUAGCCGCGGCUCGAGUCGGCCGCCGGCCGUGGGCAGCAGCAGGGGUACAGACGACCUCGUCGACCUAGACGAUGACAAGGAGGAAAGCAUUCGAGUGUGUACGCGUAUGCGUCCACUCUUCGCGAAAGAGGUCGACGCGCGCCACAUAAAAGCUUGGAGGGUGGAACGCAGUGCGCUGCAUCUCGUGGUUGAGCCGCCGUCGCAGCUCGAAAUGGAGGAGAGCAGAAACGCCGCUGCGGGAAAAGCUGUGACGUCCAUGAAGAAGGCCGCGGAAAAGUCUCAGGGCCAGAAGGACAUCAUCCAGAGACACUUUGUCUUCGAUCGAUGCUUCGAUGACAACACUCACAAUGAAGAGGUUUUCGACUACGUUGCGAAGGAUAUCGUCCUCGAUUGCUUCAAAGGUAUCAACGGUUGUGUGUUCGCCUACGGACAGACAGGCUCGGGGAAGACGCACUCGAUUAUGGGAGUUGCGGACGACCCCGGCAUUCUCCCACGAUCGCUCGCCGAGUUCUUCGACUGCGUGACGGAUCCGUCUCUGCUGAAGGAGGAGGAACAAGAAGUUCAGAGGCAAAAAGCAGAAGACGGCGAUGCCACCGAGGACAAGAGAGAAGGAGCUGACGAGGAAGCGGCAGCAGAGUCUACGGAGUACCUCAUGCGCGUCUCGUACGUGGAAAUCUAUCUGGAGAGAGUCAACGAUCUGCUCCAGGAGUCGCCCAAGGGAGGAGCUGUGGAGAACCUUGAAGUGAAGGAGGAUCCGAAGAAAGGGUUUGUCGUCGUCGGCCUGCACGAGGAGACUGUGGCGACCAUGGAGGAAGCAGUGGGGUUGAUUGCCAAGGCCGAACAGAGAAGGCACUUUGCGCGAACGAACUUCAACGAAACCUCUUCGCGAUCUCACGUCGUGUUUUCCAUCACACUCGAAUCGACGCGCACCUUCGAAGAUGGCUCCAACGUCAGCAGACGAGGCGAGCUGAAAAUCGUCGAUUUGGCAGGAAACGAGAAAGCCGGCCGCGCGUCUGAGGGUGUGGAGAAUGCCAAGCUCGUACUGGAAGAAGGAAAGGCCAUCAACAAGUCCCUUUUCCUUCUCUCCGAGGUUAUUUCGAAGCUCUCCAAGCAGGCGCAAAUGCAGGCUGAGGGAGGAAAGUCGAAAAAGGCAGAGAAAGAAGUUUACAUUCCCUGGAGAGAUUCGAAGCUCACGCGUCUGCUCCAGAAAGCGCUGGGAGGCAACAGUCGAGCGUCAGUGCUUGUCGCCGUCCACCCGUCCAACAUGUACCUGGAUACUUCUUUCUCCUCUCUUCGCUUCGCUCUCAAGUGUAAAUCCAUCAAGAAAAAAGUUUGCGUCAACUUCUUUUCUCCAGAGCAGUCUCUUAUCGCUCAACAGAAGAAACUCAUUCUAAGCCUCCAGUCCCAGCUGAAGGCCCUCGCCGGCGCUGGGACUUUGUUCGACGCUCUGCCACAGCGUGCGGCACAGGCACCUGAGAACAACGAAGAAGUACAGCAGCUCAAGAUCGAGUUGGAGAACAAAAUCAACAAAUUCCAGCAAUUUAUCAUGAAGGCCACGAAACCGCCCUCUGGCAGUUUCGGCAGCACCUCAGCGUUCGUCCGAAGAAAGACUAUGCGCAGCGGACAUGCCACUAGCGGCUUUGAAGGCUUCCGCCGCAUGGACACGCUGGCAGCUGCGAAGCAGCACCUGAAGACGAUUGACAAACUGAACAGCAGCGACUUAUACGGAGUCGAGGGUGCGGGGGUCAACUUGACUAAGGCGUUUGAGUUUCUGGGGAACAAGCCACAAAACAAAGACGCGGCGGUGCGCCUGGGCUCGGCGUCGUCGAGUACCUUGGCUCUGGGUCACAUGGACACCUUUGAGCCGGCGAUCGACGCAGCUGUGCAGGAACUGGAGGACAUCGACGACCGCUACGAGGAGCCUGCGUUGUCGACAAGCGAGGAGGAGGAGGGACUGCCUCCGUCCUCGAAGAGGGCCGCCUCGCCCGAAGUGGGCUUGAGGAAAGUCGAUUUGAACGAAGAGAAGCAGGAGGCUGAGGCUGCAGCCGCGGGGUCGGGCGCCGAAGAAGCCCACGAGGAGCCCGCGGCACAGAGCGGCGCAGAAGGUCUCGAGGGGCGUGCGGAGCCGGAAGUCUCUGAGAAGGAGAGCGAAGGAGAGGAAGAAGCGUCGAGUUCUGCCGAGAAGACACCGCUCUCAGUGUCGCGAGAGGCCUCGCCUGUCUCUGGCGGUGAGGCGCCGAAGAAGGCAGAGCAAGCUCAGCCGAAGGAGGCGAAGGAGGCAAAGACUGUGAAGAAGGUCAAGGAGGGAGCCAAGGCGAAAGCAGCCACCGAUCACAAAGGUGAGGGCGCUGGCGCCGCAAAUGCCGCGGCCAAGCGAGUUGGCUUCGCAGGCGAAGAUAAGAAGGGCGCGGAGGAAGCGGUUAAGAAGAAACUUGUGCUGAAGAAGCGCGACGAAUCCGUAGCCGAAGCGGGGGAGGAUACCGGCGAUGGAACCCAGCCCGCCACGCCAGUGAGCGGCGCGCACAAACCCGCGCUGAAGAAGGCGAAGAAAAAGGUGACUAAGAAGAAGGUCAAGGUCAAGGUGACAGAAGACGGAUUGGCGAGGGACGGCGACAAGGAAGAAGAGAAAAAUGAAGGAGAGACGGGAGACGGCGCUGCCACUGACACGUGCGCUGAGGAGGGAGACGAGCAGAAAGAGGAGGAAAGUGCCGUCGUACUGAGGGAAGCAAAACAGCGAAUGGAGGGAAAAGUCGUUCGGCUGCGUGCAGAGAACAAAGACCUCGUGGGAAAGCUGAAAAAGGCCAAGGCCCUCGGUCUCGAAGCCGUCUCCAAGCUCACGUUCCGCUUCAAAACUGAGCACGAGGCCGUCAAGAAGCUGCAGCAACGAGUCCAGGACUUGCAGAUGCAGGCCCGCUACAGCGCGGCGAUUCUGAACAAGCUGGGGCUCUCGGUGCUGUUCACGGCGAACGUGCCCGCGUCUGAGGGACGCGCUUCGUCGCUGCUGAAGGAGAGCUCGUCUGCGUCUUUGGAUGCCCAGGACGAAAUUGAGGACCUGCAGAGAACGCAGUCGAAGCUUUUCGAAAGCACUACGCGGCUGUCUGACUUCCUCAAGUCCUUCAAGGAAAAAGGCAUGCUGCCCGUCGACGAAGCCCCGCAUGCGAGGGAGCCCUCUGGAGAAAUCGCUUCCGACUAUUUCGACUUCAGCUCCCCGUCCGAGGCCUUCAAAGGCCUCAUGUUCCCCGACAUCGACCAAGUCAAACCGCUCGCCUAUGCGAUGCUCAACGACGUCCUAGCACGGCUGAUGGUCAUGCAGGCCCAGGCGGCUCGCGCCUCGAGAGCGGAAAUCGAGGGCGACAGCCAGCCACCGAGGUUGCUGGAGAGCGCCGUCAGCAUCAUGAAGGGCGAAGGGAUCCGGGGGCCUCGCACGGACGAAGACGAAGGCGCCGCCGACGAAUCAGACACGCUUGAACAGGUCGAGGCGGUGCUGGGCCUGGUUCCCAGCAAAUCUGAGAAGACACACAGCCAGGACGCGACAACCAGCAGUAAAAUUAACGAGCUGGAUGAGGCGGAUAUUCAGACGACGGAGGAGAAGAGACAGAAAGUUGUGAAGAGUGUUCUGGCCCUGUUGUCGCCGUGGGAGCAAAACAUGAUGGCGCUGCUCUACGAGCAGCAGGAAAUGCGGAGAGCGCUUGGCGAGUUGCGAGAUCACUUCUUCAGAAAGCUCCGAGAAAUGCAAGUUCGAUUCAAACGCGCGAUGUUGGAGAAGGUGGAGUUCUCUGACCACUGCGAGCGUUUGCUCGGGGCGCUGAUGGAGUUCAAGGCCGACUUGCAGCGCCGGCAGGAGAAAAAGACUCUGGAGGAGGAUACGAACGCAAAAUUCGGGAAGCUGAUGAGCAAAAUCGAGGAAAUGUCGCUCCAGCUCUCGCAGUCCAAUGCCGACUACCGCCUGCUAACGACUGAGUACAAGUUGCUAAUGGCGCGAAACGACGAGUUGCGCAACAUGGUGGAAAAGCUCAAGAUGGAGAAUGCAACGUUGCUGGUUGCGCCACAGACUCUCCCUCACUUCGAGGAGAUUAACGGCUCAACCGAUGACCCGACGCUGCGUGCGCUAGGCUACGACGUCUGCCUUCUCCAGCGCUACGGCUCGCGCCUGCUGGUAGAGGUUGAGGAGGCGCGCGCUGCGGAGGCCGAUAUUCGCCUGCUCAACUCGAAACUGUAUACCGAGCUCUCGGCGGCGAACGACUGCGUCCACGAUUUGAAGAAUCACAUCAACUUGGCGAACGGCGUGUAUGCGCGCUCGGUCGCGAGCUACAAGUCGCAGAUAGCCGAUCUGGAAGAAGACAUCGAGGAGAAGAACGCGCGCAUCGAGGCGCUGGAUCAAGAGGUGGCGUCGCUGCGGGCGCGGCUUGUCACUCCGAAAGAAGGCGCAUCGAGCGUGUCCCUCUCCCCGGUCUCCGAGCCCGGAGGCGCACAGUCGCCUGCUGUCGAAGACAGUGAAAAGAUGCUGACGCCGCGGUCGGGGGCGGAAUCGGAGGCGCACGCGGAAGCAGAGAAGAAGAAGAAGGUGGUGGUGAAGAAGGUCGAGAAGGCCAAGGCGAAGCCAAAAGCUAAGAGCGCGGUCGCGGCGAAGAAGAAACAGUCCACAACCCUGCCUUCGUCGCGCACUGCCAGCCCGACGCGCGCGUCAGCGAGCUCCCAGGUGACGACGAAGGCCCGCACCGCGGCGGCGGCGGAGUCGAAGAAGGGAGCGGCCGCUGCUGCGACCUCGAGCGCCGCUGCGAAGGCGAAGGCGGCGCAGCCAACAACAGCCGCCGCGAAGAAAGCCGCGAGUGAAUCGUCUGCAUCGGCGGGCAGAGACGCGGGUGGCGAGAAAAAGGCGGUCGCCUCUGCAAAACCUGCAGUGGAGAACCCUGCGCCGGCGUCGGCGCCCACGACGUCGUCUUCCUCGACCGCCGCGACGGCGCAUCCAACGCCCUCGCCGUCGGAGCCGGCGGCGAAGCAGGAGACGCAGAAGCCGACUGCGUCGGGUGAGACGCAGUCGGCUGCGACCGCGCCGGGCACCGCCAUCGCCAAGGCGCCGGCGUUUACUGGCGACCCCAGAGACAAGGGCUUCGCCAACAUGGCUAGCGCGCUCAGCCGGCGACGAAAAAAAACUGCUGCGUAG